UUUCAACUGUUAAUGAGCAACCGUCAAAUACAGUUUCAGCUUUAAUUACCUCCGAAGAAGUAGAUAGAAAAAUUCAAACAGCGGUUGCUUUAUUAGAGAAUCAAAAGAGUGAAUCCAACAAAAUACGUUCCGAUCCAAAUUUAUACUUGAAUAAUGCGAUUACAAAAGAUAUGGCAGAAUUAUCAUUAAAUCUGGCUAAAAUCAAAAAAUCUCUACGCAGAUGUUCCAAUUGUAAUAGGACGGGCCAUACCUCCCGGACUUGUUCUAAAAAGAAAAGAAGUAGACGAAAAGCCCGUGUUAACCAUAUCAAUAAAAAUAAUAAUUCAGACUCAGAGAAUGAUUCUUCUGAUAGUGAUUCUGAGUCGGGCUCAAGUUCUGAAGAAUCUGAAGUUGAAUUCGAUCAUAGUUAUGAUGUUAAAAAAGAGGAAACAAAAUUUCAGGUUUCCCCAUCCAAGUUCCGCAAGGAAAGCCAAAGCAAGCAAACAAUUUUAGAACAAACCAUUCGUAAGAUUAUUCGAAGUGAACUUAAAGAAAUUAUACCUCCACAUCUGUUACAGAACUUUGAACCUAAAUUUAGUUCCAUAAGACCCGCCUACGUAGAAAA